AUGCAAAUGGAGGGACUGGCCCGGAGCACAACGGGCCAGGUGUGGAACUCCCACAAAAAAUUGCCAAGACCACAGGGCAAGGCAAGGGCCAAGGCAGAUGAGGAUCCGGGCUCACGCAGACAGUAUGCUUUUCCAUUAUCUCCCGCCUGGGCCCAGGGCCUGUUCGCACGCCACCUCUUCUCUGCGAUUGAGGAUGUAAGAAGCACUCUGUCUGUUAUGAGAAAAAUCCGAAACCGGAUCCGGCUGGCCCUACCUCUGCAAACUAUCAUUAAACGGAAACGCGCAUCCACCAGCUCUUCCUCGCUCAUAAUCCUCGAAUUCAUGCCGAAUAUGCCGGACCCGUCAGUCCUGCCGAACCUGCCGAAUCCACUGGCCAUGAAGAAACUCAUAAUAUUCCAAGAUCCUGAAGGCUGUUCGGAGAAGUUAGGCGUGGGCGUUAUCAUCUCCCGGACACUCCGCCACCAUCACCAUUGGUGUAGAAAACGGCCCCACCAUGCACUUUAAGGGUGAUAUCAAGUUCUUUCUCAAUCCGUGGGUCGGUGGCCAUCGAUGUGACUGCUAGAGCGCAGACGGCACAUCAGCGCUAUCGACUUGCUCACUCAACAGUUCAAAAACAUCGAAGGCUGAAUCAAAGACUCAAACCUGGCGACAGCCCCGCCUCGGCCACAGUAACAGUCAUUUGUGAUGGUGGCGGCGACGGAGGUGGUGGUGGUAGUAGUCAUUGUUGCAUGAAUCUGUACCAGUAGUAGUCCGACGUCAUUGUAGCAAUGCGGCGGCAGCCAACGCCAAGUCUAUAGUCAAGAACUUUGCAGUACAACACAGCACUUCUUGUUCAGGUAUAUGAUGAUUGUGAACAUUAGAAAUGGGC